AUGGGGGACAAGAAAGAACCCCUCCCAGAGACACUGAAGCCUCAGAGUGGAAAUGAUGUCCAACACAUAGAGGAGAACCUCAAGGUUUCGGUAGCAAACAAAAUAAAUCAAGGAGAAGACAACGAACUAUAUCUUGAAGCAAUUCAGAGGUAUCCAAAUGAUGAGUCUAUCAACAAAGAAGCCGAAAAGAGGUUGAAACGAAAGCUUGACAUACGCCUCCUUCCACUUCUUGGCAUAUGCUAUUUCUUUUAUUAUGUCGACAAGACGACACUUUCCUACGCAGCGAUCUUUGGCAUCAAAGAUGACCUCCAUUUAUCCGGUUCACAAUACUCGUGGUUGUCAAGUAUUUUCUACUUUGGAUGGCUGUUUUGGGCAAUCCCUUCUAAUCUCCUCAUGCAACGGAGCCGGAUGGCUUGGUAUCUCGCCUUCAACAUCUUCAUGUGGGGCGUGCUUCUCAUGUGCGAAGCGGCAUCGCAGAACUUCGCGGCGCUUGCGGCACUCAGAAUUAUUUCUGGCGCAUUUGAGGCUAUUGCUGACCCUGCGUUCAUGCUCGUCGUCUCUACAUACUAUACCCGUGCCGAGCAACCAUGGCGUAUUUCGGCAUACUAUCUAUGGAAUGGCAUCGGUGUUGCUGGUGGCGGUCUUAUCGGUUACGGAAUCGGUAAUAUCAAAGGUGGUCUUCAAUCUUGGCGCUAUGAGUUUCUCAUCAUCGGUGCUGUCUGUGCUGCCUGGGGAAUUGCAAUCGAUUUGCUGUUGCCUAACUCGCCAGCGACAUUUUGGGGCUUUAAUCGUGAAGAGAAGCUCUUGAUGAUUGCGCGAUUGCGAUCUAAUCAGACCGGUAUUGAGGGGCGGAAAGUUAACUGGGGUCAGGUCAAAGAGGCGUUUCUCGAUUAUAAGACGUGGCUAUUUACCCUUUUGGGAUUCCUUGCCAACGUCCCAAACGGCGGAAUAUCCAAUUUCUCCACUUUGGUCAUCCAAGGUCUUGGGUUCGAUACACUCAAUACGGCACUUCUCGGUAUACCCCAGGGAGUGAUCGUGGUAAUUUGGAUUGUGCUCGGAGGAUAUGCCAACCAAUACAUGCCAAAGAAUAGCCGGACUCUGGUCUGCGCACUGUUCAUGAUCCCGACGAUUGCGGGUGCCCUCGGUUUCUUGCUUGCCCCCGAAAAUGCAUACGUCGGUCGACUGAUCUGCUUCUAUCUCACCGGAUCAUACCAAGCCUCAUUUGUGAUAUCUCUUUCCCUCGUUACGUCCAACACUGGUGGGCAAUCCAAGAAAAUGAUCGUAUCUGGUAUGAUCUGGUUUGGAGCAUGCGUCGGCAACAUCGCUAGUCCCUUCUUUUACAAAUCCGAGCAAGCACCCGCAUACCCCCUGGGUAUUGGCUCUUUGUUAGUUGCCAACUGCCUUGAGCUCGCGCUUUUCUUCGUAUUCCGCUUUGCCUUUAUUUGGGAGAACAAACGAAAGGAGAAGAUGCGCGAGGAAUUGCGGGAGAGAGGAGGCGAGGCUGAGCUUUUGGCUGAUGCCACUGCUUUCGCUGAUCUUACCGAUGCACAAAACCCGAAUUUUGAGUACGUAUAUUAA